CCUUCCAGUCCGCGACAGACUCCGUUUCAGGAAUUUUGCUGCUCUGAAAUAUUCAUUCCUCAGUGCCAGACUUUACUUCCUGAACAGGGAAAGGGAAGAAGUCGACACAUCACCAUGGACCGAUCUUUCGUGGGCUGAUGCAGUAGCCCAUCGGUAUGCUGUGAAUAACGACACCAACCAUACCAUCUCUAAGUCCUCCACCACAAUACCCAGAACUGAGACGACCUCACCAUCAUCCACUGGAACCACUUCAUCGUCAUCCUUCACCGCACCCACACGAAAGGAGAUACUACAACAGAUAAAGAAAGCACUGGAUGUCAUCAAAGCCUUACUACAAUCCUUACUGGACGCUCUGGAAGGGCUACAAUCUUUUCCCAGGAAGGAAACAGACGAUAAGUUGGCUGCUUUAUUAAUAAAGAUCUAUGAGAAAAACGAACUGCUCUCGAGUCCAAAACUCCUGAAUAAGCUGGAUCAAAUGGACUAUGCACAGAUCUGCAAUGCCUCAAUUGCAAAAUGUCAAAAACUGCAAGAAAUAUUCAGCAAGAUUGAAGAGGCUUUGCAAGAAAUGGAUAAUGAAGACGGCUGGGGAGAGACCCAGCUCGAUGGCUUGAUACAGCUCAGCCAGGAUCUCAACUCCACAAUAGACGAUGUUGUGAAGGAUGAGACAUUUAUGACCCUUCAUGUUAACAACAAUGCGACGAAAGUGGUUUUUGAAAACUUGUUUGGUGAGAUAAACAACGUAAGUAAAGCUAUCGAGGACGCCAUCCAGGAUAUUGUGGCCCAGGAAGAGGGGUCGCUUGUCUUCAAAGCUACCUUCGGCGCCCUAGGAGGACUCCUGUUGGCUCUCCUGGUCAUAGCAGGCGUUGUUUUGACAGCCAAAAUGAGAAGGACGAGACGAACCCGGGCACAGCCGUCGGCUGAGAGCGCCAACGACCACCCGGAAUCGGGACCUGGUGGUGGGUACGACAACGCCGUCGUCCCCGCCUUCGGAAGCGCCACCACCGGAAGCAGCAGCAGCAGCAGCACGGGCAGGAGCAUCGUCACGCCAAGCGUUGGGAGACGCGACAGCAGCAGGAGCAGCAGCAGCAGCAGCAGCAGCAGCAGCGCCUUCGUCUCCGAGAGUGAAUGCUCAGAUUUCUACUUCGUUUCGCCAAUUCCCAGAGUCCAGCUGGGCCUCCUGGGCCGCAACGAAGGGCGCACGCACACCCCAGAAACCGUAGAUAGCAGACUGAUGGGGGAUGUAGUCAUCCCUAGAGUGCAUGUUUAGUUUUACAGUUUCAGGGUUCUCGACAAAUAAUAGAUUUCUUUUUAUAAAAGUAUACACAUUAGUUUAACCAAUGAGCUGAUCAACAGCUCUCCUAGGGCUGGACCGAAGGAUUUCCUUGUUUUUUCCUUUGUUGCGUAGCUACGAACCAAUUAGUUACUCAUCAGCAUCGGGACCUACAGCUUAUUGGAGGAUCCGAACAACAAUAUAUCGAGAAAUUUCUAAUCACCAGAAAUAGAUUUCUCUGGUUCCGCACUGGCAGCAGCGGGGAGCGAAUUCGUGCUACCAAACUGAUUGGCGGGCACGCAACCCGUUCGCCCAAUGAGGAAUUGAUGUAUUCUUUUUUAAUAAAUAAACAAUGACAGCAGGUGUAGUUUAAAAAUAAACUAAUCCAUGGGGGUCGAGCUUAACAAUGGCGUAAUCAAAUACUCAAACAAUGGUCUGAGUGAUAGUGUACUGUAAAUAAACAAUCCCAUUUCAUGGGAGAAACUUGUUUCUUCUUACAGGGAUUGCAAUAUUUGCAAUGGAACUAAACCAAAAUCUCAUUUCGAGUCCUUUUGCUUUUUAAUACCUUGGUAAUGAACACUCACGUUGAACCUACAUAUCACUUGACACACCAGGAUGGACAAAUGUCGACCCUGUCUGUGGUUUUGUGAGCACAAGAAAAUGUAACUUGCAGCUUUUGAAAUUGUGCAAUAUUUCAACUGUCAUUUGGUUCAAACAGCUGUUUAAUUCUCUGUCACUCCAUAUAUAUGUACAAACACAGAACCUCUUUUAUAAAGAGAACCCACUGAGAGAUUGUAAACUUUUUCGAAAUAAAAAUGAUCAGUUAAAUGUCAACCUGUUCCACAAGAUGUCCUGUUAUUAAUUGUAUUCAUGCGCCGAACA